GCCAAUGGUCAAAGGGGUCCUUUUAUCCGCAACGCCAGCUCUGCCGCGCGUUCGUCCAACGCAAAGGGAAUACCGACCGCCUUUCCACUCCUGACCCGGCCUCAGCAUUUCCUCUUUUCACCCCCACGCCCAAGAUACUUCUUUUAUUGAAGUCGACGAAGGUGAGCGCCGCCGGCGACGAGGAGGACGCGAAAUGUCGCAGGGUGCAACGCCGCCGCCGCCGCCGCCGCCGGUGGCGGCGGCGCAGCGGGGAUACGCGGUGGAGUUGUACUUCGAUCCGGCGCUGGAGAACCAAGUGCUGAAGGCGUGGAACGUUCUGGCCAGGCGGCAGAUCAGCACGCAGCUCAUCGAGAUGGCCGCCCGCCCCCACCUCACCCUCCUCUCGUCCCCCUCCCUCGACCCCCUUAAGCUCCACCCCGCCCUCCGCUCCCUAGCCUCCCGCCUCGACCCCCUUCCCCUCUCUCUCUCCUCCGUCGGCGCCUUCCCUUCCUCUUCCUCCUCCGACGCGGGCGGUGGUGGAGGCGGAGGAGGAAUCCUCUUCCUCGCCCCCACCCCCUCGUCUGCUCUCCUCCACCUCCACGCCCAGCUCUGCGAUGCCCUCAAGAAGGAAGGGGUCGAGUUGCCCGAGGAGUUCCGGCCCGACGCCUGGGUCCCUCACUGCUCCGUCGCCCAGGACGUCCCCAGGAGUCGGAUGGCCGAGGCCUUCGGUAUUCUUCGUGACCUCAAACUCCCUGUCUCCGGCUACGCCAUGGAUAUCGGUCUGGUGGAGUUCUCGCCUGUCCGGGAGAUCUGCUCAUUUCCUCUCGGAAGCGCCCCUGAUGCCUGAGCAAGCCCGCCUGACGUAAGUUGAUUGGAUUUCCCUCUUGCUCCAGGUACCACAUGCAACUCUUAGGUACAUUACCCAGGGUAUGACUUGGUUGUUGCUUAGCCCACAAGUAGGUGUAAGGAAUGUGUGAUUGCUAAAUUAAGCAAUGUGAGAUGCCCUGAGCUGCAGAGGAGUUUCUAACUAUAUCAAAAGAUCUCAUGUGAAGCAAUAAAUGAAUCGAUCCUUCUGGAGAUGAGCCAGUGACUAGUAUCAUCAGAUUCCAGAAAGGAUCACAUGAAUGGCUUGUCCUUGUUGUCAAUAAAUCUGUAGUUAUUAUAAUUCUUUGUUUUGGUUUCCCUUUUUUUUUUCCUGUGUGUGUGUAGGAAUAGGAUAGGCGGGUAGGCUUUUGGUUUUCAUGACUCGAAAAGGGCAAUUGGUCGAGCAUAUGUUGAUUUGUUGAGUUUUACUCGAGAUGCUGGAGUUUUUGGUUGUGGCAUGCAUUGCUUGUAUCAGGAUGUCACUUAAGAUGUGACUGCUUGCCAACAAAAGGAUCAGAACAAAUAUAUGCUAGAUUGAGAUAUGAUCAUGACAUUUGUAGCUAUUGCUUACAAUAGGAAUAUGCAUUUUGUAGAAUGGAAGGAUGACUUUAGAAACCAAAGAAAUGUUGAAAGAGGUCACUCUCACAAUUUUAAUCAGCUUCAGAAUGUAUGAUAACCAUGGGUGCCACCAAGGUUAAAAGUUUUGGCCGAAAUGCACUGGUUUCAGCUUAUUUUGAACCGGGAAAGGCCUGUUCUACGGAGCUUCAACCAAUUUAGAUUUCUGGUUUCAAUCAGUUUUGAUCAAUCUUGACAGUCCCCCACCCCCCACCCCACCCCCACCAAACCAAAAAGAAAAAGAUGUAAUUCUAAACUCGGGCCAGCGUUUCUGCCCCCAAACACACAAAUGAGCUUUUGGGUUAGUUUGUGGGGUGGGCCUCAACCUAUGUAAAGGGCCCCGUUACAGUUCUUAAAGAGACCAUUGUGAACAUUGAAUACAAUUUACCAUUGAGUACAAGAUAACAUAUUGGUUUUUAUAUAAUUGGGCAACUUCCUAUAAAUAUAAUUAAAUAUUCAUAUAAUGCUUAGAAUACAAUGAUAUGCUUAGAACUAUUAAAAUUGUAUUAAUAAAGAUCUUAUAUAACACAAAAUGCUUUAAAAUGCUGUGUAAGAACAUUUUUUGGCUUCUUUUUUUUUUUUUAAAUUUCUAAUUGUCUUUAGCAAAAUUGCUGAAAUAGCUGUAACUUCCAAAACUGAAAUUUUAAGCUUGAUCGAAAUCAAAACCAGGUUUGAUUUUCUGAACCUUGGUUACAACAUAAAAAGAGAUACUUGAAAAACGACUACCUUCUUACCUAUUGUGGAUGAAGACUCUUGCAUGACCACUUUUUAUGAUACAUAACAUUAAAACAAGCCACUAAAUGUGUUUGAGGUCCAAAGUUAAGGAUUAAGACUGUGUAUAAAGCUUUUCUGUUUGUUGUGCCACUUCAACUAUUUGAUGUUUCAGAUUCAAGAAUGCAAAAAAAAAAAAAAAACCUUAAAUU